AGUGGCGGUUUUUUACAGAUAGUUAAACCAGCACAUUCGCUUAUAUAAACCGGCGGAUAUUAAAGGUACGUGUCACAUUAAAUUAUUCCCCCGCUGCCCCAAACAAACAUGGCUGACCGCGGUAAAGCGAGGCGACGCUGCCCAACCGGCGCCAUGACGGGCCAGCAGUAAACAUGGCGACCAAGGGGGUCCGUCAGCGCAACAGACGGGGGAGCAAACAAGACCCCAACAACGUGAACAGUUCGACCAGCAGCGACACCAGAGCGGCCAAAGACGAGAAGACAGCUGACGACGGAAAGUCAGGCGAUGCUCGGAGCGAGUACUCCGGUAAAGGAGGGCAGGUGUGGGCUCCGGAAGGCUCCACAGCCUUCAAGUGCCUGGUGUCAGCCCGCUUCUGCGCCGCCUUGCUCAGUAACAUAUCCGACUGCGAUGAAACCUUCAAUUACUGGGAGCCGACACAUUAUUUGCUUUAUGGAAAAGGGAUGCAGACAUGGGAGUAUUCACCAGCCUACGCCAUUCGCUCUUAUGCUUACCUGUGGCUUCAUGCCCUUCCUGCUUGCUUUCAUGCCAGAAUACUGCAGACCAACAAGGUCCUUGUGUUUUACUUUCUCCGCUGUGUGUUAGCAUUCACAUGCUGCGUCUGUGAGCUCUACUUUUACAAAGCAGUAUGCAAGAAGUUUGGGCUGCAUGUCGGACGCCUCAUGCUUGCCUUCCUGGUCCUGAGUGCAGGGAUGUUCUGCUCUUCUGCAGCUUUCCUGCCCAGCACCUUUUGCAUGUACAGCACAGUAGUUGCUAUGACCGGCUGGUUUCAAGGACGGCCCAGUCUGGCUGUACUGGGUGUGGCAGCAGGGGCCAUUGUGGGCUGGCCCUUCAGUGCUCUGCUGGGAAUACCCAUUGCUUUUGACCUCCUCCUUUUGAAGAAGAAAUGGAAAAGCUUUAUCACGUGGACACUGGUGGCCCUGGCGCUCUUUCUGGUUCCUGUAGUUGUCGUGGACAGUUAUUAUUAUGGGAAGCUGGUGGUUGCACCUCUUAAUAUAAUAUUGUAUAACGUCUUUACUCCACAUGGACCAGACCUCUAUGGCACUGAGCCUUGGCACUACUAUUUUGUGAACGGUUUCCUCAACUUUAAUAUUGUGUUUGUGUUGGCGUUGUUUUCGCUUCCUCUCACAGCUCUUAUGGAAGCUCUGCUUCAGAGGUUUAAUGUGCAGAACCUUGGCCGUCCUUACUGGUUAACUCUGUCCCCCAUGUACCUGUGGAUGCUGGUUUUCUUCACUCGUCCUCACAAGGAAGAGCGCUUCUUGUUUCCCAUCUACCCCCUCAUUUGUCUGUGUGGGGCUGUGGCACUCUCCUCUCUACAGAAGUGCUAUCACUUCAUGUUCCAGCGCUAUCGUCUAGAGCACUACACCAUCUCCUCCAACUGGCUGGCUCUGGGCUCCGUGCUUCUCUUCACCGUGCUCUCUCUCUCACGCUCAGUAGCUCUUUUCAGAGGUUAUCAUGCUCCUCUGGACUUGUACCCUGAGUUUCACCGUAUUGCCAAAGACCCGUCCAUCCACACAGUGCCUGAGGGCAGGCCGGUCAGUGUGUGUGUGGGAAAGGAGUGGUAUCGCUUCCCCAGCAGCUUCCUGCUACCCAACCACUGGCAGCUGCAGUUCAUCCAGUCUGAGUUCCGGGGGCAGCUGCCCAAGCCUUACGCUUCUGGACCUGACGCCACACAGCUCUUGCCCACAGACAUGAAUGACCAGAAUUUGGAGGAGCCAUCACGAUAUGUGGAUCUGAAGCAUUGCCACUAUCUGGUGGACCUAGACACAGAAAUAGAGGCUCCACGAGAGCCGCGGUACGCAGCUAACAAAGACGAGUGGAGCAUCAUUGCAGAAAAACCUUUCCUGGACGCUUCAAAAUCGUCCAGGUUCUUCAGGGCAUUCUUCGUUCCAUUCCUGUCCGAGCACCACACUACCUACAGCCGAUACGUCAUCCUCAAGCCCAGGCGGGUGAAACACGGAAGGAGAAGAACGCAGCCCUGAUGCUUCGUCUUGUUUUCUUUUCUUUACCCAGAAUUGCAUCCUUUCUUUGUUUUUCCUGUUUCCAGAUUUUUUCUGCACUAAGCCUCCAACAAGAACCUCCCAUUGAACCCUGUGUGAGAAUGAAAAUGCAGGAGUAAAAUGGAAAUCAUGUAGUAUCUGACUGUAUUAUGACUGUAUUAUGACUGAGUAUGACUGUUUCCGGUUCCCACCCAAGCCACUUGUCGAUUGCAGCAUGGACGCUAAGGUCAUUUGCCCAUUACUGGCUAUUCUCUCCCCAUUUCUCUUUGCAUUCCAUUUCUAUUUUCUGUCCCUCAUUCAAGUGUUUCACAAAUAGUGCAUUACUACUGAUGUAGGUCGCGCUCCAGCCUCUUUCUACCUUUAUAACAGAAGAUGAUCUGUUGAGCAACCCCUUUAAGGACCACAAGUCCCUUCUUCGUCAAUGUCCCGUGAAUACGUCUUCAUGCUCUCUUGAUCUGGGUUUGGACAAUGAACUCUACCUAGCUCCAGGUCACUGUUAACCUAUUGUCUUACGGUCUUGCAGUGUGUGGAGUACACAUGCAUUUGCGAUUGCUCGUCUUGUGUGUGUGUGUGUGUAUGGUCCAGGUCCUGCCCUGUUGCAGCUUCUUGGGUAGGAGAAGUGACUGUUUCUCUUUCUGUGAAAAUGCAACAUCAGGUUGCGAGAUGGGUGGUGGACCAGGGCAUGUUACUGGUUAAUGUGCAUUCAUGUCUUGUGUUCUCAAAACAAAAAAAAAAAACAUCUCAGUGUUAACUGUUUGAUGGAAUGGAAUAAAGAGUGUCUUGAUGA